GACUAUCCCGGUCUCAAUGCUACCGAUCUAGCCCGUCUUGACUUUCGUAGCCAACGUCGUCCACCAACAUCUUUACCAGACAGUGGCUGAACAAUAGUACCGGCACAAACAGUUGAAGAAUCGUCCGCUGACCUCAAACACGCGAUACGAUGGGCAGCUACACGCCGUCAGGUCCAGAGUGCGACCUCCUGAUCACGAACGGUGUCAUUGUCUCAGCAAGUGACUUGAUCUACCCACCAGCAUCUGACAUCGCCAUCAAAAAUGGCAAGAUCUUAUGCAUUGGAUCAUUGCAAGGUCUCUUCUCGGCGCAGAAGGUAGUCGACGCAGAUGGAGCAUACGUGACGCCCGGCGGCGUCGACACCCACGUACAUCUUGACCAGCACAUCAACGGCGCCCUAGGCGACAACUUUGAGAAUGGCACAAGAAGCGCCAUCGCCGGCGGGACUACCAGCGUGAUCACAUUCGCCUUCCAACAAAAGACCGAGGAAAGCGUCCUACCUGUUGUAGAAGCAUAUCACAAAAAGGCAGCAGGACUCUCAUACUGCGACUACAGCUUCCACAUGAUCCUGACGAACCCGACAAAGACAAUUGUCGAAGAAGAAUUGCCAAUCCUCGUCGAACAAGGCAUCACCUCAGUCAAGCUGUACAUGACGUACGACCCGAUCAAGCUCCGCGACCGCCAGAUUCUCGACAUCAUGCUAGCCACUCGCGCACUGGGCAUGACGACCAUGAUCCACGCCGAGAACUCAGACAUGAUCGAUCUCGUCAUUGAACAACUAUACGCCCAGAAAAAGGGCGACCCAUACUACCACGCCAUCUCCCGGCCGAAAGUCGCUGAAGACGAAGCGACCUACCGCGCCAUAUCGCUCGCUCAAUUAAUGGACACACCAAUCCUGCUCGUGCACAUCUCCUCCGCGGUCGCAGCCGCACACAUCCGCAAAGCCCAGACGAAACUCCUGCCUAUCCACGCGGAGACGUGUCCCCAGUAUUUGUAUCUGUUGAAAGACGGGCUACGAGCGAGUGAGCAUGACCCCUUCUCAGGCGCAAAGUGCGUAUGCAGUCCGCCUCUCCGCGACAGCCAAGCAGACCUCGAUGCCCUAUGGGAGGGUAUCGCCAACGGCACAUUCACGACCAUAUCCAGUGACCAUUGUCCCUUCAGUUACAACCACCCACUAGGCAAACAAUUGGGCAUGGCGACCGGCGAGUCACGAUUCACUGAUAUACCCAAUGGUCUUCCCGGCGUCGAGACGAGAGUGCCGCUGCUGUACAAGGGCGUGCAGGACGGAAAGAUCACGAUCCAGAAGUACGUCGAGGUCGCGAGUACGAAUCCCGCACGGCUUUAUGGAUUGAGUACCAAGGGGACCAUUGCGGCUGGGUACGACGCUGAUCUUUGCGUGUGGUACCCGGAUGCCAAGUUUGAGAGCUUCGAGUUGCAGAAUGAUAUGUUGAAUCAUAGUAUCGACUAUACGCCGUUUGAGGGCGUGAAGUUUGGAAAUUGGCCUAGAUAUACUAUCUCGAGAGGACAGGUGGUAUGGGAUAGGGAUGGUGGUGGUGUGGUCGGGACGAAAAGUCACGGAAAAUUUGUGAAGAGGAUUAAGAAUGGAUUGAAGCAGCCGAGGGGACGGUUUGAGAAUGAGUGGAUUCCAGAGUAUAAAGGGCGGAUUCCUGCUAAACCUGCUGCUGCUGCUCCGGAGCUUGCGAAGGCAAAGGAGGCGACUGCCGCUGGCGGCGUGGGGGUUGUCAAUGGUGUUUGAGGUGAGAGGAUGCUAUGGUAUCGCAGCAUGGAUAUGUCUUGACCGUCAAAAGCUUGAUGUCGGGCUGAAAUUACAAGUAUCACACUACAGUGUACUUGUCUUGUUCGUAUAACGGGAUCUCGUGAUA